CUCAAACAUCGGCCUGUGAGCUUGGAUCCUCACGUCCACCAUCGUCCACCCUUGUGGCCCUGUUUCCCCAUAGGUUUCAUGGGGGUUGGUGCAUCGUUACUUUCCCAACAGCUUCCUAUUGCGCUGACCUUUGCGCUCUCAGGCGUCUUUUUGUGGACUCGGCAGAGCUGGAGCUUGGGGAGGUCCCUGGAGAAGAGUGAGCCGUCGCCAUGGCGGAUCAAAAAGAUCGAGAGGAAGGUCACGCAGGCUGUCAAUGUCCCAGCACCAGUAACACUGGUGACACAGGUGUCCAAGACAGCGGAAGAGCUCAUGAGACUGGGAGUUCGCUAUGGAGAUCAAGGGAGCAUAGACAAAGCCCUGGUAACGUUUGUGGAAUCAAAAGCAGCCUUUGAGGGUGAUGGCGCUUGUGAAACCUCGUGCUAUGCGGAGCUUUUGGUACAGAUUGCCAUUUGCUACAGCAUGCAGGGCAGGAAGAAGGAGGAGAUGGAAAAGUACCAAGAAGCCCAGAAAGUGUUUCAGAAAGCGAAGUGCACCGGAACUCGGGGCUACGCAGGCCUUCUGAAAAACAUGGGAAUUUGGUUCAUGGAGCACGACCAGAUGGAUGAGGCCAUGGAAAAAUUCCAAGAGGCGGAAUCUCGCUACGUCUUUGCCAACGCUGCAGGCAGCAGCAACUACGCCGGCUUGCUCACCAGCAUGGGCAAAUGGCUGCUCAAUGCGGGCUCCGAAGUAGAAGCUAUGGUGAAGUUCAAAGAAGCCAAGAUCAUUUAUGAGGCUUGUCAGGAAGAUGCUCCUAUCGCGUAUGCGGGUCUUCUCAUGAUCGUGGGGAAUGUCCAUCGAAGCCAGCAACGUUUCAAAGAUACCUUAGAAUUUUUUGAUCAAGCACAGACUGUUUUUGAAUCCGCUGGCGCAACUGCAACAACGGAUUACUUGCAUCUCUUGUACCAAAUCGCAGCCUUCCACUAUGAGCAGGGUGAUCUGAAUGUGGCCCUCAAGAAGUAUACCCACGCACAAGCAGCCUAUGAGGAUGCUGGCUGUACAGAAACUGAGGGUCAUGCGCGACUUUUGCAAGGCCUUAGCGCUGUGUACACCAAGCUGGGAUGGUGUGAAGAGGCUAUGGCGAAGAUGAUGGAAGCGCAAGAAACUUUUCAGGCCGUAGGCGCUACGGCGACCACAUGCUACGCAGCGCUGUUGCGAAGCAUGGGCAUUUGGUAUGCUCGAUCUGGUGACGACAUAGAAGCGAUCCAAAAGUAUGAAGAUGCACGCGUUGCAUGCGAGGAGGCUGGAGCAACAUGUAGCCUUCUCUAUGCCAGCGUGCUCUCCAUGUUGGCUACUGGGCUAGCAGAAUCUGGCAGAUUUCCAGAGGCCAUGCUGGCUUUCAAGAAGGCAUAUGACGUUCAUCAUCAGCUGGGAACAAAGACCACGGCCUAUGCUCGGCUGUGCUUCAACAUGGCUCUUGCGAAGCAAGCACAGUUGGAGUUCGGCGUUGAAAUUUACAACGACGCCACAGGCAAAUCGGUGCCAGCGAGCUUUCUCGAUGCCAAGGAGGCCUUUGAAGCAGCAGGUGCUUGCAAUGGUCCAGAAUACCGAGAACUGCUAAUGCACUUGAAUGCGAUGGACAUAGAUACCAGGCAGACAGGCUCUUAAUGCACAGAGAGGAUAAAUUUUUCCGCUCCUGCGCAGCCAAUUGUGGCUGCAUGGGCAGCGGCAGCGACCGGAAGUUUUUAUUGUACAGUGGUCGAACUUUAAUAGAAUGAAGAAACUGGUGUUCAGGACCCCGCUGUUCAAGGGCCACCCAUGUCCUGUUCGCCGACGGUGUUUGAAUCAAGCUGCGUGAUUUUAACUGCCUCAAGGCUAAAGGUUGUGCAAGUUGUUUGCUUAUCGCAAGAGGAAACAUGAGGAAACGUAGCUUACACGUGCUGACAAGGAUUGCUGAAAUUGCCAGGAGGUUCUUUGAGAUCUUUGGGAAGCUUGGCUUUUCUCGACGGAAGAAAGCCAUUCCCUCGUGCUUCUUGAAAAUU